AUGGAGGAAGUUCUUGAGCUUGGAAGAGUACCGCCUGCGACAGCUGGUUAUUUGUCACGGUGUUAUGAGAAAGACAAAAGUGAAUUUAAAAUAGUAACAUAUCCCAAGCUUGAGGCAUGGGCUUAUCUGAUCCAUACCCAAAUCCUUUUCAGACAAGCGGAGAUGGCCUUUGGAAUACGUUGGCACUCUCAUUCCGACGUCUGGGCUACCAGGGAUAUUGAUGAGAUGGUAUACUUGUUCUUUAAGCUCGUCAAAGCCUCAGAAGAAGAUCCAUCAACUACAACCAGCAGUGAAGACACCCAGGCUCCCCCAGCCCAAGGUAGUGCCGGUGCCCCAUGGAGACAGAUAUUUUAUCAGCUUCAAACAUAUCAAAACUGA